AUGACGACACUAUCGUCGUCGUCUGUGGUGCUUGCAGGUGACCCUGCUCGUGUUAAAGCGGUAGAGGAAGAAGAUGCUGAGUACGAGGAACUUAUCCCACCUGAGAACUUUGCCAUGAUCGAAAAGGGUCUCUAUAGAAGUGGGUUUCCCAAGAAAAAGAACUUUGCAUUUCUUAACAAGUCACUGCAGCUCAAGUCUAUACUGACGUUGGUAUUGGAGGACUAUCCACUUGCCAAUACAGAGUUCAAUCGAAUGCACGGUAUCAAAUUACUACAGUUUGGAGUCCCGGGCAAUAAGGAACCUUUUGUGGACAUAUCAGAGGACGGUAUUGUGGCGGCAUUGACGGCUGUACUAGACAAACGUAACCAUCCUAUGCUCAUUCAUUGCAAUAAGGGAAAACAUCGCACUGGUUGCCUCGUCGGCUCGCUGCGUAAAGUACAGCGCUGGGCUUUUAGCUCGAUCUUCGAUGAAUACAUCCGCUUCUCGGCUCCAAAGCCUCGAAUGAUGGAUCAACAGUUUAUUGAACUAUUUAAAACUGAACGCGUUACGGAAGAGGAAAACCUAGCGGAGCAUCUACCGAACUGGCCUGGUCUAUAG